AUGGACCAAUCGGAUACAUCAUCAAUUGAUGAUAGUACUUCACAAUUUCAAUCAUUUAAUUAUGCAAAAAUAGAACCUCUCGGAGAAGGAACUUAUGGUGAGGUAUAUAAAUCUAUGGGACCAAACAAACAACUGGUAGCAUUGAAGUGUAUCAAACUUGACCAAUUAAAUGAAGGGGUUCCUUGUACAGCCAUUAGAGAAAUUGCCAUUUUAAAAGAAUUGAAACACCCUAAUGUUGUAAGACUCGUUGAUUUAGUUCAUUCCAUGGAUCAGUUAACACUAGUUUUCGAAUAUUGUAACUAUGGUGACUUAAAAGCGUAUAUAAAUAAUGUUGCUGGAGAUGGAAAAGGACUGCCAUCCAGACAAGUUAAAAAUUUUAUGAGACAAAUGUUGAAGGGUAUAGAAUAUUGCCACAUGCAGAGUGUUCUUCAUAGAGAUUUAAAACCACAAAAUAUUCUUGUAAAUGCAUUCUCUUCAAAUUCUUCAAGUAGACAAUCAACAAAUCCUGAAACAGGAAAUAUAGAGCUUAAACUUGGAGAUUUUGGAUUGGCUAGAUCUUUUGGAAUACCAGUAAGAAAACUUUCUCAUGAAGUUGUUACUUUAUGGUAUAGAUCUAUUGAUAUUCUUUUAGGAAGUCAAUCAUAUGGUUUUGGUGUGGAUAUUUGGAGUUUAGGUUGUAUUUUUGCAGAGAUGGUAACUGGAAAACCAUUAUUCACUGGUAAAGACGAAUUAUCUCAACUAGCUAGUAUUAUUUCAAAAACAGGAUUGCCAAUCAGUAAUGAAUGGCCUGAUUUAAAACAACUUCCAAACUAUGAUAUCAUGAUGAAUAAGAUUGCAAAGAAAAUAUCAAUUCCUUCACAAGGAAGAAUUUCAAAAGAACAAUUUUCUUCUGAUAUUCUCCACAAAAAGCUUGAUUCUCAUGGUGUUGAUCUACUAUAUAGAAUGUUAGAAUACGAUCCAACAAAAAGACCAAGUGCUACUGAGUGUCUCAAACAUGCAUACUUCAGUACUAACUAGUAUUAAUAUCAUUGUAAUUUUACUGUAUAUACAAUUUUGUAAAAAUUGACCCUAUUCUUUAUUGAAGUUUUGCAUCAUUUUAUC